AUUUUAGGGAUGGCACACGAAAUAGACCCAGAAAAAUUAAUAGAAGAGGUGGAGAAGAGACCAGCUAUAUGGGACAUGACAAAAAGCGAGUAUGGCGACAGGCAAAAGAAAAAGCACGCUUGGGAAGAGAUCAUUAAUAUAUUUGUAGGAGAUGCUACUUUGGAGGAAAAAAAGAAAACUGGUAAGGUGGUGCAGGAUAGAUGGAAGAAUUUGAGAGACCGGUAUGCAAAGGACAGGAAAUCUAAUAAAAAACUUAAAUCAGGCUCAGCAGGAAAAAAGAAAACACCCUAUAUAUAUGCCACGCAGAUCGGUUUUCUAAACAAUAUACUGGACAAUAAGUCUACGACCAAUUCUCUGGACGAGCAACAUAAGGAAAGUGAGAUUGUCCAACGAGAAACGGAAGAAACUGAUAUUUUUCCUGACGAUUCAACACAGCCUGGACCAUCUACUUCAUCCAACAAAAAAUCUUUUGCGAAAAGAAGAAGAUUAGAUCCGGUGGAAAUGAAAAUAAUUAGUUCUAUAGAAGCUAACACAGCAGCCAGACGUGAAGCAGAAACAAAGCAGCGGGUUGAAAAAUGUGAAGAUGAUGAUUUCCAUUUUUUGCUUUCGCUGCAUCCGACUUUAAAGAACAUUCCAGAAGAUUCGAAAUUGGCAGUGAGAAUGGAAAUUAUGCAAAUUCUUUUGAAAUAUGCACCGUCAGCGGCUCCGACUCCAAGGCAAACAUUUCAUCAAGUGGGCAAUUUUCGUUCAGAGUUUGGUGCACGAGCCCACUUAGAAAACCCUCAAGUACAGCCUGAUGUUUUCCAACCACGAUAUCAGACUUUAUAUAAUUGUCAGCAAACACCAUCUCACUUCAGUCAGCCUCCGCCAAAUUAUCAAGAACUUCAAGUUAAUACAUCCCUGAACUUGCAACGCACAAUGAAUUCUACUGAGUCAUCAACUUCUACUCAAGUUCCCCUGGCAGCACCGUCUCCUGCAGAAUCUGUUUCCGAAUCGAUAGCGUCAUACGUUUCCAGCUGCACAGCUGAAGCUGACUCCGAAUUAAGCCUCUUUUGAUUUGCUUCUUCUAGUACGUAUUAUAUAUUUUAUUCAUAAUCAUAGAAUAUUUCAACGCUUCCAAUAAAUUGCAC